CCUACACAGCAAGUGGUGCUGCUGGCUCAGAAAUUGCUCAGCCUCAGUAGCGUUUUGUUUUUAUCUCCAUUUUAGAGCGCACUGUCGCAUUCCAACAUGACUGGAGCCGUGACAGAGCACAGACGCGCGCGCUCACGUCUCAUAUUCACAUCAGGCAGUGGUUAAUCGUGGCUAACAAACCCCUCUGAUGGCCGACGCAGAUAAACAGAGUCAGGAAGAGAUGGAAGGUGACGGCUGUGUGACAACAGCCUCCAGCAGCAGUGCACUCACCGCCAGCUCCACACCCAGAUCCAACACUCCCACAGGCACCCAGCCCAACGCCAUUCCUCUGGGAAACAUCACUUCAGACAGACAGGCAGUCCAGUUAAUCCAGCAGACGUUACACAGACCACAGAGCAUGACAGCUCAGUACCUGCAACAGAUGUAUGCUGCCCAACAACAACAUAUCCUGCUGCAAACAGCUGCACUACAACAGCAGCAUCAACAAAACCUCACGGCUACACAAAUCCUGACCACUACAGAGCAGGCCGCACAAACUAAUGGCAGGCAGCCCACCUCCUCCCCUCCAUCAUCCAAUGGGAAUGUAACUCAGCUGGCUAGUGUGUCUCAAACAUCAAUCACCAUGCCAACCUCUCCUGUAACUCAGCCAAUAGGUCGCAUCCAGGUCACUAGCUCCAAUAGCACAGCGGGAGCCAUAUCCCAGCAGGCCAUGCUUCUAGGAAACAGCUCUCCCACAGGUAGCCAGGCCCAAAUGUAUCUGCGCACUCAGAUGCUGAUUCUUACUCCUGCUGCCACUGAUCUGACUGUCGUGAGUUCAGUGUCCUCUCAAUCAGCAUCAUCACAGGUUCAAAGUUUGGCUCUCCGCACACAUACUCCUGGAGCUCUUGCUACUCCGCAGAACGUCCAGAUCAAGCCUUCUCUUCAAGGUCAGACGCUGGUGUGCCCCCUUCCAAAGAUGUCCAUUUGCCCACUGAAGUCCACUCAGCUGUCCCAGAACCUGGCAGAAGGUUCUAGAAGUGAGUCCCUUCUGACCGAUGUUACUCAGCCACCAUCAGCCCAACCACUCAUUCCUCCUUCAACUUUCACACCAGUCCAGUCUCAUACUUUGGUCAGACACCAGCUGCAUUGCCCAUCCGGGCAGAGGGUGGCGCCACACCAGCUCUUCAUCCAGCAGAGCUCCACCGCUCACAGACAGCCCAUUGCGCUGCGUGUCACACCGCAUGACAGCUCUCUUCCACCCCUCGCCCUGCAGACCCGUACCACACCCACUACAGCCACCGUCCAAUCACAGCACACUGAGUUCCUCUCAGUGCCCUCCUCUUCAAAUCAGUCGGCCAGUCAGUCAGCAGUGGUGUCUAUGUCCACAGCUCCCCCUGCAGUGCUUCCUGACCCUCCACCGCUUCAUCUGGGCCCAGUGCUAGAGCCGGUCUCUCAGUAUUCACCUCUGUCCAGUCCCCCUCCUCUCACCAUGGCUCUGCCCAGGCUGGUCCAGCCACAGAGACUGUCUCUCCACUCAGUCCAGACUGUAGCUGUCCAGUCAGACCACAUGCUGGUGUCUGAAGAGGAGCUCCCAGUCUCUGAAGCAGUGGUUCAGUUGCCUUUUCAGAAUCUGCCGCCACCACAGACAGUGGCAGUGGACCUAAAAGUGCAACCUGCCACACAAACAGAAGCUCCCUCGGCAACACCGCUGUUGAAGGAGACUGGAAGCAUGGAUUUGGUGAAGGAUGUAGAACGUACGUGCCCUCAGAACAGAAUGCCCACCCCUCCAUCACUGUCCCCACCAGACGAGCCCCAGGGAAGCUCUGAUGAUGUCACAAACUGGACAGCUGAUCUGGACCAACCGAGUGAACCAUCGAGCAGAUCUGUGAUCCGGUCACCGGAGGACCCCACAUAUGCCAACAGUCCCCCCCCUCCCCUCCUCUCCUCUGCGGUAAGAAGCACCAGCAGGCUUCCCCCAGCCAGCCUCCCAGGGAACCCUGAGGGUCGGCCCUCACAGGCCAUCGUUAGACCUCACAUCCUUACACACCUCAUUGAGGGCUUCGUCAUCCGAGAGGGCCUGGAGCCGUUCCCGGUGAGACGUACUUCCUUGGAGACGAACCUGCAGGCCACACUACCAGAAGAUAGAGAAAACACAGAAUCAGCCCAGGAUGACUGUCUGAUGGAUGCGGACCAUCUGGAGAACUCUACCGAUUCCGACCUUGAUAACCCACCUGCUGAGGAUGGUGGGCUCAUUAGCACAUUUCUUAGCAACACACUGAGUAAAUAUGAGCAUUUCUUGCAGAAUUUCUUCUUUUUUUUUUCAGAACAGACAGCUGAAAACCUGCCUGAUGUACUCGAAUGUGAGUUCUGUGGGAAGAGAGGCUUCGCUCGUACCUUCCUCAGGUCCAAACGCUUCUGCUCCAUGACAUGCGUCAGAAGAUUCAAUGUAAGCUGUAAAAAGCGCCUUAACCUGUUCAGGUCAGAAAAAGUUGGCCGCUGGCCCCACAGGCCCAUGGGCAAGCGGGGGAGACCACCUGGUCGCAUAAAUGGCGGGUCCAGGCAACACUUCCUCAGGCAGCAGCUGCAAGACUCCCAUCGUACCAACAACAACCAGAGGGCCUCCAAUUCAAUUUGGAUAGAGAGAGAAGAGGAGGAAGAUCCACCAGGCCCAAUGACGACAAGACUACGCUUGCAGGCCGAACGAGAGAAGGAGCAAGACAGAGAAAGAGAACAGAGCAGAGUGGAGAGCAGCAGCGGCUCUGACUGUCUUCUUGACUCCAGUCCCUCACAGUGGAGCGUAGAGCAAGUGUGCUCCUUCAUCAGCACUUUACCAGGGUGCCAUGAUAUUGCUGCAGAGUUCCGGUCACAGGAGAUUGAUGGACAGGCCUUGUUGCUGCUUACGGAGGACCAUCUCAUGAGCGCUAUGAACAUUAAACUGGGCCCUGCGCUCAAAAUCUGUGCGCAGAUCAAUGCUCUCAAAGAACAUUAGACAUCUUUCUACUCAGUAUGUGGGUCACAGUAUUCUCGAGUCAGAUUACUUUAAAGUGCCAUGAUUUCAUCGUGUGGCCAUUCUACAAAUACUGCAGACACUCGUGGGGACCUUCUUCAUGUACCUCAAAGUUUCAUGGUGGACUUAUCUUGGAUUUCAUUUCUUUUAGUGACAAGUUUUAUAAUAUCUAAAACUAAAUUCUGAUCUUGUAUAUUGCAUUUAUAGUUAACAGUCCAACUGGAAAGGCAGUUUAGGAAGAAUGAAAGAUGAUGUAGCUGAGCAGGAAGUUGGCACACAAUGUACGAAGUAUUUAAAAAUAAAAAU